GUAUCACUUACGAUUUUGAUUUAAAAUUUGCAAAUCUUUUCCGCAAAUUAAAAAAAAAUUCUGAAUUGUUUUUAAAAUUCUGAAGUAUUUUUUAUUUUGAUUUUUUUAAUAUGUCGAAAUUGCGAAAUAAUUACAUCCUCGCCUUCCUGACGAGUUACCUCAUCGCCACCGUAAAUUCUGCCGCAUUUGUGAAAAAAGGUCCAAAAGAGAUGUUAGUAGGACUGCAAGGGCUCCCAUUUGGGCGUGGGAAUCCUCGCCCAGGAACAGAAACUGGACCAAUGUACUUACGAAACGGGGGAAUAAUUGAAUAUCUCAAAGACGAGGCAGGCGUCGACGUGAAGGAUUAUGGCGACAUGAUUUUCGACGUUGGACCCAGAGUCAGAACCCCCGUGGGAAAUGAGACAAAAGAGAUGGCGGAGGGGGUUUGGAACAUUGUCGAUGUCGCAAAGGCGGCAAAAAAGAUUUCCGAUCAAACCGAAGCCAUCGCGAAGGACGGUCGGAUCGUUCUUUCCGUCGGGGGCGACCAUUCCAUCACGAUCGGAACGAUUAACGGGAUUUCGAACGUGCAUCCCAACGUGGCGAUUUUAUACUUGGACGCGCACGCAGAUAUCAACACGGUCAAAACCUCUCCUUCCGGCAACCUUCACGGGAUGACGAUCCCCUUCGCCGUCAAGGAAUUAAGCCCGGACAUGAAAACGCCAGAAAUGAAGGACUUUGACUUCAUUCAACCGCGUGUCGCUGCCGAAAACGUGGCGCACAUCGGACUCCGAUCUGUCGACCCGGGAGAAACCGAAAUUAUCACCAAGUUUAAAACCAACUCGUUCGGCGUGCGAGAUAUUGAUCGCUUGGGAAUCAUGGAAGUUACGAAACGCGCCUUGGCUAAAAUUUCGCCGAAUGGGGAGCGCCCUGUCCAUCUAUCGUUUGAUGUGGAUGUCCUCGACGACUUGGAAAUUGGGGGACAAACUGGGACACCGGAACCCGGUGGUUUAACGCUUCGCGAGGCGAUGACGUUUUUUGAAGUAGUGCAGGAAACGGUGAACAUUGUGUCGAUGGAAUUUAUCGAGGUGAACACGGCGCUUGGGACGUCCUCGAAUCCGAAGAGGAUGGCCACCUUAGUUAAAUAUAUGAUGGGGUGUGCCUUCGGGUAUUGUCGGGGAGGGCUGGCUAGGGCGCAGUCGUAGAUAAUUGAUAAAUAAAUAAUUAAUUAAUUGCUUACCAUACGAUUUAAAAAAUAUUUACAUUUUACGUUAAAGUUUAGUAUUUUGAGGGACAAUAACGUCGAAAAGGAAUAAAUGUGAUGAUAAAAUCUUUAAAAAAAAGUAUUAGAUCCGUACGACUCCAGUUUCGUGAGAUGGAUAUUAAAUAAAAAUUAAAAUAAUGCUCGAAUAA